CAGCGGCCCCUUCUCCCGCAGCUGGUGCUGUGCGGCCGCCGAGCCGCGCGUCACCGUCUCUAUGGCCGGGGAUCCGAGCGCAAAGAAAGCGGACCUCAGAAAACCAGGACAGGUCCUGCUGUCGGAGCUGGGUGACCCCACCAGUCACCUACAACCCUCCAGUGACCCCAUGACUCCCUUUCACCGUGGAGUUUGUUUUUGAUGCGGAAAGGACCCUCCUUGGCCACAUGACCUGUAAUCUUCUGAGUGACCUCCCUGGACCUUGAUGCCUGUGACUGUUGUUCCCACUGUCCCCUUGACUCUGGCCCUGGCUCCCCUUGGGGGUCUUGUUGGUCUGGUCCUCCCCAGGAAGAUGUGGGGGAGGCUCUGGGCCCUCCUGCUGAGCCUCCUCACAGCCACUGCAGUCCCUGGACCCUCACUGCGAAGACCUUCCAGAGAACUAGACGCCACCCCUCGAAUGACCAUCUCCUAUGAAGAGCUUUCCGGGACCCGGCAUUUCAAGGGCCGAGCCCAGAACUACUCGACGCUGCUGCUGGAGGAGGCUUCAGCAAGGCUGCUGGUGGGGGCCCGAGGCGCCCUGUUCUCUCUCAAUGCCCACAACAUAGGAGAUGGGGCUCACAAAGAGAUCCUUUGGGAAGCCUCUCCGGAGAUGCAAAGUAAAUGUCAUCAGAAAGGGAAAAACAACCAGACCGAGUGCUUCAACCACGUGCGAUUCCUGCAGCGGCUCAACGCCACCCACCUGUACGUGUGCGGGACUCACGCCUUCCAGCCCCUCUGUGCGGCCAUUGAUUCUGAGGCCUUCACCUUGCCAACCAGCUUUGAGGAGGGGAAGGAGAAAUGUCCGUAUGACCCAGCCCGAGGCUUCACGGGCCUCAUCAUCGAUGGAGGCCUAUACACAGCCACUCGGUAUGAGUUCCGGAGCAUUCCUGACAUCCGCCGGAGUCGACACCCACACUCCCUGAGGACUGAGGAGGCGCCCAUGCACUGGCUCAACGAUGCUGAGUUUGUGUUCUCCGUCCUGGUGCGUGAGAGCACGGCCAGCGCCGUGGGUGACGACGACAAGGUUUACUACUUCUUCACUGAGCGCGCCGCCGAGGAGGGCUCGGGCAGCUUUCCCCAGGGCCGCAGCAGCCACCGCGUGGCCCGUGUGGCCCGUGUGUGCAAGGGGGACCUGGGCGGGCGGAAGAUCCUGCAGAAGAAGUGGACGUCCUUCCUGAAGGCGCGCCUCUUCUGCCACAUUCCACAAUAUGAGACUCUGCGUGACGUCUGCAGCCUGGACACCGACGCCUCGGCCCGCACACAUUUCUACGCUGCCUUCACGCUGACCACACAGUGGAAGACACUGGAGGCCUCGGCCAUCUGCCGCUAUGACCUGGCUGAGGUGCAGACUGUCUUCACGGGCCCCUACAUGGAAUACCAGGAUGGUGCCCGGCGCUGGGGACGCUACGAGGGCGGAGUGCCAGAGCCGCGGCCCGGCUCGUGCAUCACAGAUUCGCUGCGCAGCCGAGGCUACAACUCAUCCCAGGACUUGCCGUCCCUGGUCCUGGACUUUGUGAAGCUGCACCCACUGAUGGCCCGGCCAGUGCUGCCCACACGGGGACGGCCCCUGCUGCUCAAGCGCAGUGUGCGCUACACACACCUCACAGGGACGCCUGUCACCACGCCUGCCGGACUCUCCUAUGACCUGCUCUUUCUGGGCACAGCUGAUGGCUGGAUCCACAAAGCUGUGGUCCUGGGCUCUGGGAUGCACAUCAUUGAAGAGACACAGGUGUUCAAGGAGCCCCAACCUGUGGAGAAUCUGGUCAUCUCUUCAAUGCAGCACAGCCUCUACGUGGGGGCCCCUAGUGGAGUCGUCCAGUUACCUCUCUCCAGCUGUUCCCGCUACCGCUCCUGCUAUGACUGCAUCCUGGCCCGGGACCCUUUCUGCGGCUGGAACCCCAGCACCCUUACCUGUGUGGUGGCCACCACCGUAGCCAGCAGGGCCCAGGGUAGCAGGUCGGUGGUGAUCCAGGACAUAGAGCGAGGAAACCGAGGCUGUGAAGGCAACAACAGCACAGGGCCACCACCACCGCUGAAGACCCGCUCUGUCCUCCGGGGUGAUGAUGUUCUCCUGCCCUGUGACCAGCCAUCCAACCUGGCCAGGGCCCUGUGGCUGCUCAAUGGGAGCAGGGGCCUGAGCGACGGGCAGGAUGGCUACCGUGUGGGUGUGGACGGGCUGCUGGUGACCGACACACAGCCCGAGCACAGUGGCCACUAUGGCUGCUACGCAGAGGAGAACGGCCUGCGCACCCUGCUGGCGUCCUAUAGCCUCACGGUCCGGCGGGCCACUCCUGCCCCAGCCCCGCAAGCCCCGGCCCUGCCUGGGACACAACUGGCACCUGAUGUGAAGCUGCUCUAUGUGCUAGCCAUCGCGGCGCUGGGUGGCCUCUGCCUCAUCCUGGCCUCCUCCCUCCUCUAUGUGGCCUGUCUUCGAGGAGGUAGACGAGGCCGGAGACGAAAAUACUCUCUGGGUCGGGCUGGCCGGGCAGGCGGCUCUGCUGUGCAGCUGCAGACAGUCUCAGGCCAGUGUCCAGGAGAGGAAGAUGACGGGGACGAUGGGGAGGGGCCCGGGGGCAUGGAAGCCGGCUGCCUCCAGAUCAUCCCCGGGGAGGGAGCCCCAGCACCACCGCCUCCCCCACCCCCACCGCCCCCGGCUGAGCUGACCAACGGGCUGGUGGCACUGCCCAGUCGGCUGCGCAGGAUGAAUGGCAACAGCUAUGUGCUCCUGAGGCAGAGCAACAAUGGAGUGCCAGCCGGGCCCUGCUCCUUCGCUGAGGAGCUCAGCCGCAUCCUAGAGAAGAGGAAGCACACUCAGCUGGUAGAGCACUUGGACGAGAGCUCCGUCUGAGCGCAGCCUCCGGGGCCAGUGCUCUCCCCAGCCGGCCUGGCUGCCCCAGGCUGGGCCACGGCCUCCCCCACACAGUCACCCUACCUUUACAGCCCCCACUCCAGGCCCUCCCCCCAACUUUUUGAUGUCCCUGUAGGGCUGGCCAGUGAGGCCCAGCCGAAGCCCUCUCCUCAGUCUUCAAAGACCCACCUGUGAGCAGCCCAGGCCAACCAGUGCUCCUCA